ACAGAGAGGAGUGGCAAGCAUCCAGAGCGGAGAGGAGGUGAGAGAAGAGACGCUGCGUCUUUACGCGGCGGUGGCAUCCUGGAGGACUCGGAGCUGUGCGGGAUCGCUGUGCGCGCGCGUCGACUUCGCUUGUUAUUCUGCUGGAUGGGAGCCGUUCCUGAACACGGGAUGUUUGUCUCUGCGCUUGAAGUGCUCAAAGGGGAGUAAAUAAACAACAACAAUGUGGAGAGACUGGAUUAUUUGUGCCUCUUUACUGAUAGUUUCGACGCCGACAGUGUGGUGCAAACCUGUGAUCUCCCCCAGUGGGCCUCAUUUAGUGGUUCCCAAAGGAGGGAAGCUGGAGCUGCAUUGCCAUGACAAUGCCACAAUGUCUGAUGUCCCAGCCACACUGAAGUGGGAAAAGGAGAAGGCCCGCAGGCUGGAGGGCGAGGUGGAGGAGGGCAGACUGGCGUUUGUCCGGGUGGCAGAGGUGCAGGGCUACCACAUGGGCCGCUAUGUGUGUGUCAACAACAAAACGUUGGAGCGCAGCACCAUAUAUGUCUACAUAAAAGACCCUCACAAUGCGUUCCAGCGCUCCAUGGUGAGUAGCAUCCUGGUGCGAGCUGGCGAGAACUGCAUCAUCCCCUGUCUCGUGACCGACCCCGAGGUCAGGAACCUGACUUUGGAGAUGUGUGACAAACAGCCUCUGCCGUCGGGUUUGAGGUACCGCAGCAACCUGCAGCAAGGCAUCGUCAUCAGUAACGCUAGGAAAGAGUAUGAGGGCUGCUACGUUUGUGUGGGGCGUCUGGACGGACGCACGUUCAAAUCAAUCCAGUACACUGUGGAUGUUCGACUGGUGCCUGAGCUGAGCCCAGUCAUCUCUCUGUCCCACAAAGACCUGGUCAUUCUGAAGGCAGGAGAGCCGUUUAAGCUUACCUGCAACACCACCAAUGUCAACCCGGAUAUUAGCCUUAAGUGGGACUACCCUUCAGCUGUGCAUCCUGAAAAAUCCCAGACCUUGCACAUGCUGUCCGGCUCCCGGGGUUAUCAAUGCUCCACCUCGCUCUUCAUCAGAACUGUCCGCCAUUCAGAUUCUGGCACUUACCGCUGCUACGCCCGCAACGAAAGAGGCGACAGUGAUGCAGCGCUGCAGCUAGACGUCCGCAAUGAGGGGUUCAUUACCACCGUUGAAGAGCCAAACCCUGUCCAGAAGUAUGUUAAGGAAGGAGAAACCCUGAACUUGAUGGUAGAAUUUGAAGCCUACCCUCCACCGCACUCCUGGUCCUGGUCUUACCAGGGCAAACGCCUCCUCAACACCACGGAGCACGUUAUUACGCUCCAUCGCCACAACUACAGAUACAUCAGUGUGCUGAGACUUGUGAGGGUUCUCGGUUCAGAGGGCGGGAUCUAUACAUUCUCAGCCCGGCACGAAGAUGCAUCUGUCGCUCUCUCAAUUCACGUCUAUGUCAGCAGUAAGCCUGUCAUCAUUGGCCAAAAGGGGCCUGUUGACGGACAGGUGCGAUGUACUGCUGCAGGUUAUCCAGUUCCUAAAAUCAGCUGGUACUUCUGCGAGCGACCCCAUGUCAGGUGCUCACAACUGCCCAAUGCGACCCAAUGGGAAACCCCGGAGGUUUACCUGCUGACAGAGUCAGCCUUCGGCAGAAGUGAGGUGGAGAGCCGGCUGAAUGUCACCAAGGAGCAUGCUCAGUACCACACCCUGGAGUGUGUGGCGUACACAGAUGGAGACGAGGCCUACACGCUGUUCUCUAUCAGCGAGCGAGUCGUCCCUCAUAAACUCUUCACACCCGUUCUGAUUGGCAUGAUGGCCACAGGCGCCUUCCUCAGCCUCACUCUGGUGGUUCUGCUCUAUAAAUACAUGCAGAAACCAAAGUUUCAGAUCCAGUGGAAGGUCAUAGAGAGCAUCAAUGGAAACAACUACAUUUAUAUUGACCCCCUCCAGCUUCCGUAUGACAUCAAAUGGGAGUUUCCCCGGCAGAAGCUCCGCUUUGGUAAAACUCUCGGGUCCGGUGCUUUUGGAAAGGUGGUACGGGCCACAGCGUAUGGUCUCUGUUCUCCAGAUACUGUGACAACCGUGGCUGUGAAGAUGUUAAAGCCCAACGCUCAUUCCACGGAGAAGGAGGCUCUGAUGUCAGAGCUGAAAGUUCUCAGCUACCUUGGAAACCACGUGAACAUUGUUAACCUGCUGGGAGCCUGCACAGUCGGAGGUCCACUUUUGGUAAUCACAGAGUACUGUUGCUAUGGCGACCUGCUCAACUUCCUGCGAAGAAAAAGAGAGUCCUUUCUAAACUCCCAAGUUGGGGAUGGUUACUAUCGCAACGUCUCCAACCAGACGGAGACAACAAGGGAUGUGAGUGGGACGGGGUACAUGCCUAUGCGUCCCGCUGACAAAGAAAAACCCUCGCACUCGGAUGAUAUCAGUGAGCUGUCUCUGGAUGCUGAAGAUCUCCUCAGCUUUUCCUACCAAGUCGCCAAAGGAAUGGAGUACAUUACUUCCAAGAACUGCAUCCACAGGGAUCUCGCUGCCAGAAACAUCCUGCUGACUCACGGCAGGGUGGCGAAGAUCUGCGACUUCGGUUUGGCACGAGACAUCACCACUGACGCCAGUUAUGUUCUCCGGGGAAACGCCCGUCUGCCGGUCAAGUGGAUGUCUCCCGAGAGUAUUUUCGACUGUGUCUACACCUUUGAGAGCGAUGUGUGGUCGUACGGCAUUCUGCUCUGGGAAAUCUUCUCUCUGGGAAAUAGCCCGUAUCCGGGGAUGCAGGUGGGCUCUGCGUUUUACAGGAUGAUUCAGGAAGGUCACAGGAUGAGCCGACCCGAGUUUGCUCCUGUUGAGAUGUACGACAUGAUGCUGUCCUGCUGGAACCACGACCCUCUGAAGAGGCCGUCCUUCAGAAAACUGGUGGAAAGAACUGAACUGCUGCUGUCAGAGAAUACCAAGAACGUGUACCUGACUCUGAGUAACACUCCCGGGGCUCCUGAGCAGCAGAGGGCGCUGUCACAGAGGUUAAGCUCAGUCUGCAGCACAACAGCCCCGACCCAGCCUUUACUCCAGAGCACAGCAGAUGUUUUCCUGGACUACGUCUGAACACCUCCUACGUCACACAUGCAGCCUCUGCCACCUCUCUUAUCCACUCCAUUUCCUCUACUUCCUCUUGAAGAGCGCUGCUGGGAGAUGAGGCCAUCUGUCAUCAAGCGAAAGCAGGAGUCAGUGAUGGGGCAACUUCAUCUUUAAAAGAAGGUGCCAAAUUCUGGCAACCCCGUCUCUCAGACUCUCUGUACAUAUUCCUGUCUGCUGUGGGCUCGCAAACUCCUCUUCCCAUCGAUGUGUUUAUCGUAACGGUAGAUAUUUCUGGUGCAUGUCUAUGUAAAGCAGCACUAACCAGCCAUCAGCAUCCAUCAGCAGCUGGGAGGAGUUCAGGCUCAUCGCAUUCUAAGAUGCUCCGAACAACACAAAGCCUGCAAGUGCAUGUAAAUACACAACCAAAUAAAUACAGUAUAUGUGUCUGUGGAGGUAAUGUGGCUGAGGAAUACAAGGAUGCUGUGACUAUGAGACUUCUUAGAUGGUUUUUCCCAUUUUACAUAAAUUAUUUUGGCUUUUUUUUAAAUAUUCUUUUAAUUUUCUGAAAAAAUAUUUGCAAUAAUGUUCAAGUUUGUGCUCUCUAGAAAUCAAAAAAUAAGCCACAAGCAUCAUCCGAUUCCCCAUCUGUGCAUUGUAUUUUAUUUUGAAAAAUGUUCUUUUAAGGCGAAACAUAGUUUUAGGAGUAAACGUGUGCUUUGUGUUGUCCAAAUGAAUGCAAUGUAAAUACAAUAGAGACGUGCCUUUAGUUUUUGUUUUCUUUUCACAUGGGAUUUGUUCGUUUGUGAUGGUGUUAAGCCUCAACACUGCGGCUUUGAGGUCCUUCCGAGUUUUUAUACGGUUCCUUGACUUGUAAUAAAGUACCUGUGAAGUUGGGACCUAAUUUUUUAAUUUUUUUGUCCUUGCUGCAUAAAAGAAAAAGGAAGGACUUUUUUUUUUAGUAUUUGCAACAGUUUUUAUUUUCAAAUUGACCAAGAAAGGACACGUAAAAGGUGGGGGAGCUGUUAUAGUGACUGCAAACAACUUUCUUCAAAAUAUUACAUGUGACUUUUGGGGCAGAUAAAGGGCCACAGUUCAAGAGCAGAAAGGAUACAUACAGUUCAGGUAAGCAUAGCACCGUUUUACACUGAAUACUGGUGAUUUUCUCUUUUUUUUUUUUUUUAGCUUUGAGUGAGUGUACAGUAUGCUAGAUUUUUUUAAGUGUGUCGGGAAAGUAAUCGGUGUAUCUGCGUAGAAGUGCAGAAAGGGGGCGCCACUGUUAAAUUUGAUUUCUUCCAAUCAGAAAACAAACACCUGUUAAAAAAAAAAAAAUCUGUAAUAGUGGAACAUUCCUUUUUUUUCUUUUUUACAGAACUCUUCAAAAAGUCAUCAAAUAGCAAAAUGAAAUUUGUGAUGAAUAACCUUUUGACACCCCUCUUUUUUCCUUCAUAAACUGUUUCAACAUCCAUUCAACUCUUGACACCUUUACAUUCUUUGGGCUGCGUCAGUGACAAAAACCAUAAACAUUUCAGCUCCUCUCUUUAAAAAACAAAAAUAAACAAAAAAGGUGCUUCAAAUACAAACUAGAUGUUCUAGUUUUGCUUUCGGGUGAGUGGAAGGCCUGCUGUAAAGGAAAGUCUAUUACGAUAGCUUGUUUGAGGACAUGCCUCUCAGAAGAACUGUCUACAUUUAUUUUUUACUCAGAAGGGUUAGCAGUUCAUCUUUGUAAAACACUACUCUCUUCAGCCUAAAAAGUCAUAUCAGUGCACCCAUCCACAUUACAUCCAUCCAUUUUCAUUCACAAACCAUGUUUACAUAUGAAAAUAUAAUGGGAUACAGUGACAGUUACCAUGCAUACAGUCUCACACACACAUAUUUAUAGCUGGAGCUGUCCCACACGCAAGCCUGCACAAUACCGAGCUCAACCAGAGGACGUUUCUUUUUAAAAACAAAACAAUUUUCUUUAUACUGCAACGCAAGAACUGAUUGGCUAUCGCCACGGGAAGCCAAUACUGACCUCCCGAGUGAUACAAGAAGUAGGAUCAAGGAAACGAGAUGCUACACUCACACAAGCGCCCACACACGCCAGCUUUAGGGGGAAAAAAACAACACAUUCUAAAUAAAAUGCUCCUUUGCCAACUAUUGCCUCUAAACCCAAGGCUUUUCUGUUUGAUAUGGCUUAACAGUGUCGGACGCAGACUGAGCCAAGAUCUUUUUCUGUCUUUAAACGCAGAUCUGAGACGAGCGAGCUGCACUGCAUGACGGUUUCUGUAGCGAAAAAAAAAAUUUACAACAUGAGGCACAAACCAAGACUCGCUGUUCGAGUCGGGUCGGAAUUCAUUUCAACUUUUGCAGAGGAUACUUCCUCGAACGAAUCUCCUCAUCUUAUUUUUUUUUGACCGACAGAGGAACUUUCUGAAAUGUGGGUCGAAUUUUUAAACGUCGUCUUUGCAGCAUCACCGUCUUAAACCUUUUUCUGAGGCAGAAGCAAAAAAAAAAAA